AGGUUUGGGAAAGAAUCCGUGGAAUUCAUUUCCUGUGGAAGUCCGUGGAAGUUGCGCAGCGAUGCGGGCGCUGUGUCUCAGGAUGAGAAGUAACUGAGCAGCUUUUAUUUGUGCAUUAUUAUUAUUUUUUAUUUGUAUUAUUGUCAUCAUCAUUUCAGAGCGGAAUAAACCUCCGGGAAUGGCUGAACCCUUACUGAAGCGGACUUUGUCCAAACUCCGGGGUAAAGACAGAUCCCGUCGCAAAACGGACCCCCGACUUAACGAUGGACCAAAGAAGGCCGAGCUCAUCCACAGCUCUUCAUCGUCCUCAGUGACCGAGGUGGAAGUAGAAUUCACAAGACACACACAGAUCACAGUGUCCAAAAAACAGAACUGGGCCAAACUCUCAUCCAUCUCCCGGGAUGUGGACCAGCUCCCAAGUCUGAACUCGGUGUCUCAAGUGCGUGAAAGCUGUUCCAGCAAGGUCCAGGCUUCCAAACAGGCCUCUAUUAAGGAGAAUGGGUUUGAGGGGAGAUGGAAGGAUGGAACCUACCCCAGAGCUUGCCAGAAGGCCGACAUGGCUGACUGUGCUGACAUGGCAGAUACAGGUCUUCCAGAGUUAGUGACGCCUCCAGUCACAGAGUACUGCAACUCCUUGGGUAUGAGUAAGCUUUCUGGACAGGGAGUCUACCUUCAGCACCUGGAGAGGAGUAGUCGUGCUUGGGUGCUGUCCUCAGGAAAGGCCCAGGCUCCGGAUGAGGCCUACACAGCUAGCUUUACAGAGCGAAGGCAUGUGACUGAAAGUGAGAGCAACAUUUGGUACAACCCAAUCCCAGAGGAAGAGGACGGCCGGGUCAGUGGAGAGAAGUUGAAGGAGAAAGAUAUAGUCGAAGAUCCAUGGAGAAGGAGAGAGAUAGAGAGGGCGCCAGAGGAGUUCAGAGAUGUUCUUCAGCAGUCUUGUCACCCCGACGCUCCGUAUCUGUGCAGCAGCAACAGAGGUGCUAGUUGUGGCAGUGACGGUGCUAGCAGGGCUGCUAGCGGUCCAGCAGGCCCUUCUGGAAGCCCUGGAGCACAAGUGAAAAGCUUAGGAGGAAACCCAAGCAACAGCAGCAGCAUGAUGGAUAAGAUUAAAUCUCCCGGCACAGUACGGCGUCUCUCUAUGAAGAUGCGCAAGCUCCCAGAACUGCGUCGUAAGCUCAGUCUGCGCUCGUCACGUAACCAACGGCACGUUCAAGGACAAGGGGGUGGCGGUGAUGUGCCAGGGGGUGCUGACGAGGUGUCACCACCUAACACGUGUAAAGAAUCUUCCAACAACGUCAUCAGCAGGUACCAUCUGGACACCAGCGCUCCUGCCAGACCGAGGCGUCGAUCUUCGCGCAUGCGUUCUGCUAGCAAAGGUGGUUACCUUAGCGACGGUGACUCUCCAGAGCUUCUGCCCAAGCAGGAUUCGAGUCAGGGUUUAACUGGCAGGUCUCAGGGAUCAGGACAAGAGACACAGGAGUCGCCACAAGCUCCUCCACACUGCAGAUGGCAGGAUACAGUCGGGUCAUUCCGGCCUUACACUCUAGCAGAGCAACCGAGGUGUGCCCAGAGAGUGUCAGGCCUCCUCACAGUGCAUCUGCUUGGAGUCUCUGAUCUCGUGCGAUCUCGCACCGCUAAAGACGUCUUCUGUGCCAUCCAGGUGGACGGAGUGACACGAGCUCGCACCGCUUUGCUCACAUGUCAGGAGACGUCACUCUCGUUAAACCACACCUUCAACCUGGAGCUGGAGCGAGCACGCAUGCUGAAGCUAAUUGUACUCACACCAAAUGCUAAUGCCGUGGAAGGAUCCACAGGCCCCAGUGGUCAAGCACGCAACCGGGUAUGCUGCCUCGGUGCUGUAGCAAUUCCUCAUUUGUUUAAAGCCUCCCGGACUCAGCAGCUGUGUGUGAAGCUGGAGCCGAGGGGUUUGCUGUAUGUAAAGCUGACCCUGUUGGAGCAGUGGGAGGCGCCGACGCCCCGCCUUAGCGAGCUCCCGCCUCCGUCUGUGUUCGGAGUGGAGCUGCGCCGCCUGGUGGAGAAAGAGGCCUGCGUUCCCAAAGUGCCUCUUCUCAUUCAGAAAUGUGUGGCUGAGAUUGAAAGGCGAGGACUCAAGGUCGUGGGUCUGUAUCGUCUUUGCGGCUCUGCAGCUGUUAAAAAGGAGCUACGUGAUGCAUUUGAGAAAGACAGCUCGUCCAUCACUCUCGAUGAAGAGCUGUACCCCGACAUCAAUGUCAUAACAGGUAUUUUGAAGGAUUAUCUGCGUGAGCUGCCAUCACCACUCAUCACGCGGACUUUGUAUGAGGUGGUUUUGGAAGCCAUGUGUGUGAGACCUGCCUGCAGGAACGACAACACACACAGAUCACACAACACUGUCACUCUGCUGCAGUGUCUGCCUGAACCAGAAAGGGCCACGCUGUCACUCCUGCUUGAUCAUCUCAGUCUGGUGGCUUCCUACAGUGACUGUAAUCUGAUGACGUGUCAGAACCUCGCUGUGUGUUUCGGCCCUGUUCUGCUCACUCCGACGCAGGACUCAUGGAAAGCAGCAGGACCUGGCACUUUCCCAUCUGCUCCUGCACGACUUGGGUGCAGCCUGGGAGGAAGAAGCUUCACACAGCCCAGCAUGGAGAUGGCCAGCGCUGUGGACUUUAAGCGGCACAUUGAGGCCCUGCACUACUUGCUGCAGCUCUGGCCGAUUCCAACAGGAAGAGUGACUGCUCAAUCGUCCUAUCGUUUAGAAGACGAAGAAGCUCCUGCUCCUCCUUCUCAGAAUCCCCUGCAGCGGCCGUUGUUACACGUGGAGUUGCCGUCGCCGCAGGACGUGGCGGUGGUGUCACGCAGGGGGCGUGGCCGCCUGGAAAGCCCUCCCUGUAAUCGCUACGCAGGUGACUGGAGCGUGUGCGGGCGGGACUUCCUGACCAACAACGACGCGGAUUACGACGAGGUGGCGGGCAGCGAGAGCGAUGAGGACGAGGCGAAGAAAAAGGACUGGGAGUACACGGACGAUUUUGCGCUGGACUUUGACGCGCCGUUUACAUGCAGACUGAGUCUGAAGGACUUCGAUAACCUCAUUUCCGAUCUGGAACGGGAACUCGCCAAACAGAUCAACAUCUGCCUGUGAGCACUGCCUCCAUGUAAACACUGUAUCUGCACUGCAUUGAAGGCAUUCAAAGGCAGGGAAUUAUGGAUUUUUGACAUGAUGUGAUUUGAACGAUAAUUGGCUCAGAUAGAUAGUGGUUGAUCAGCCAACACAUGAUGUGCCUUUUAACAGGCAAUGUGUUUAUUGAAUAAUUUUUUUUAUUAGUUUUGCCCUGAAGCUAUGAGCCUAUUCUAGCUAAAGUCAUAAAAUCUCAUGAUAUAACAAAAAAUUUAUCUUAUUUUAUUUAACAAACAUUAAUCACAGACCAACAUGCUGAUAUGUUUUUACACUUUACUUGGGAGUUGGUUGCUUAGUGGUCAAUGCAUUAGACAUUUUGAUCGAAAAGUCACGAGUUUAAAUCCAAGCCACUCCUCAAGCUGCCACUCCUGAGCCCCUGAGCAAGGCCCUUAACUCCAUAGCUGCUCAGUUGUAUUAAUGAGAUGAAUGUAAUCUCCUAUCAUAUAUACAUCGUAUGAGCAUGAUGAGUUUUCCCUGCUUGUUAGGUACAUCAUUCUUACAGGAGCUCCAUAGAAAGAUUCAAGACCUUGAUUGUGUACAUAAUGAAAGACCCAAUGCUGAAAAAAAUCCACUGCAGAUACAGGUGAUCACAUGGGCGGUUUAUGAUGAAGGUCGACGACAAGCAGGUUCUUCUGCUUUAGUAAAGUGUGAAUGAAGGUUUAUUUAAUAAGAAUACCCAGACAGAGAGGUCUGUAGGGCAAGUCAAAUCCUGCAGAGUCUUUAGAUGAACUUGAUUCACCUUAAAAAUUACAAAAGUUAUUACAUUCGUUUGCUAGGGAUUCCUUAGAUAAUUCUGGUCUGAUGUCAUUAUAAUUAAACAAAUCCUUAAAAUCA